AUGGGAGCAGAGCGCAUGGGCUUUCCGCCCAGGUUCAUGGGCAUCUCGUUACGGAGCCUGACUUUGGGUCUUUUGACAAUUCAAUUUUCGGCCUUCAUUCUUAUACUUCAUUACUCUCGCGUGAUGCCGGCACCGGACGGACACCGAUACCUUCCCUCGACAGCCAUCUUCCUUGUCGAACUAGUCAAACUAAUGGUAUCUCUGACCAUAUCCUUAUACGAGAUUUCUCUCACGGCCCCUCGAUCCAUGCCCGCAACCUCUCUUCUCGGCGCAUUGGCAAAUGCUAUCUUCUCUGGAGAUAGCUGGAAAAUGGCUGUUCCGGCUGGUCUGUACACUUUGUCGAAUAGCCUGCAGUAUGUCGGCAUCUCCAACCUCGACGCUGCCACUUUCCACGUCGUGUAUCAAUUCAAGAUCUUCGUCACAGCCAUCUUCAGCGUUGUGCUCCUGCGGAGCAGGAUAUCUGCCCGGCAAUGGAUAUCCCUGGUCCUACUCAUGGUCGGCGUUGCGAUCGUCUCAUUGCCCCAAGGCUCCGCUUCCUCUCUGGUGUCGAGCCACCAUGCUCGAGUCCACGUCCCCCGCUCGGCCAAUGCCUUACGCGAGCACUUCGGGAUGGCGGAUUCUGGUUCUCACCUCAGAAAGAGAUCGGCUACAUAUGAAGGCAUCGCGGAAGACGAAUUAGCCCUAGACACCCCUCCAUUGGAUGCGUCGGCAGGAAUUCUCGCGGUCCUCGGCGUGUGCAUCUUCUCGGGGCUUGCAGGUGUCUAUUUUGAGAAAGUCAUCAAAGAGUCCCCCAAGGUCACAUCUCUUUGGAUCCGAAACGUGCAGUUAUCGACUUAUUCUCUCUUUCCGGCAUUUUUCAUCGGGGUCAUAUUCCUUGACGGCGAAACCCUAGCCAAGUAUGGCUUCUUUGCCGGGUAUAACUGGAUUGUCGUUUUGUCAAUUAUCGUCCAAACCUUUGGCGCCAUUCUUGCAGCAUUCUGCAUUUUCUAUGCAGAUAACAUAUCGAAAAACUUUGCGGUCAGCAUCAGUAUGGUACUGAGCAGCCUAGCAAGUUUUGUGUUCUUCGAUUUUUCCAUAACAAGACAUUUUCUUGUCGGGGCGUCUGUCGUCCUGGUGGCGACAUGGCUGUACAACACCGAAGAAGCCCGUGCUCAACAAACCCCUGCAAUCAAGAUAUACACCGAUGAGAAGACAUUUCAUAAUGGUGCAACGGAAGCGAACGACAUGUCUAUUCAAAUUCCCAAAACGCCCCUAGGCCACGGCGAGACAGCGGUUGCCACAUCGCGACCGGGCUCUCCAAGUCACAAGAAACGGAAGAACGAGUCCGUGGGCUAUUUCAUAAAGCAACAUGAGUGA